UUUUUUGUCUGAGCUGCAACCUUGUUGCAUUCGCCGCCGGCUGCUUCCUCAACGUCGACACGGUUACUCGUUGUUGGUAUGUAGUAGUGAAUUUAGUGUAGUUUUCGUUUACUUGAACUCGCAUCGCAUACGAUUUACGAUCAUAAAAUGAAACUGUGAAUAACAUAACAUGCGUUGCAUGAAGCUCGCACUCUCGCAGCAUCAAUUUAGUUUCAAUUUUGUAGUUAGUUGGCUAUUCUUCGGUCUUCGGUCAUUCGUUUUUGUCAGUUGUUAUCAGUUUCGUCGCGAAUUACGAACACGACCCCACGAGUGUUAAUUGUAGUAUGAAUGUGCUGUGCAACACCAGAAAAUUGAGAUCCUUUUUCCGGAUUCCUUGGUGCUAUUACAAAUAUUGAUGAUGUCUCAACCUCAAGAUGUUCCUAGAAUUUUACUCGCACAACAACUCGCGGAGAUACAAGCUGGGUGUACAAUCUUGGUUCCUCGGUUAUCACAAGAUGAAAUGGAUAAAUAUACUAGAAGGAAUAGAGUAAGAAAAACGUCGACAUUUCGUCCAAUUGGUCCCAAUCACUACGAAUUGGAAUGCGAUAGUGAUGAUGACGAAGACGACGAUCUUCAAGCUGAGAUUGCGCGGAAAAGGCGCGACAAGCCUAUUCGAACAAUCAGCUUGACCGAUAGCGACGAAGAGGUUAUUCCAACGCAGCCUCCUGAACGAAAUUCUUUGCCUCCUUCUGUGAUAACCGAACCGGUUCAUGAUACUCCGUUAGCUAUACGAGAUGAAAGUAAUAAAACUGUCGAGAUGAGCUCGUCUCAUCAUUCAGAAGCUCGCGAUGCGUCUAGCGAAAAAAGCAUUACUGCCGAAACAUCGGUUACUAUUCUAAAUUCGAACGAAAUAACAUUAAGAAAGAAGAGCGUAAUAACUUCAACUGAAAAAGUGGCACUUUCGUCUCAUUCUAAAGCCCGUGAAACGCCACAUGAGCCAGCGUUAUCAAAUCCUAGUUCUGCAACCGCCACUACGGCCGAUCCUGCGAAUCCGAAUGAAAAUGCAUUAAAUUCCAAAAGCGACGAGUCGUCGAAGGAAAAAUCAGCAGUGACCGCCGUCUCGAAUCCAAACCCUAGUUCAUCUGCACACACCCUCCGCACCGUUCCACAAAAUGACGACGGACGGUCAUUUAAAUCUAAUCUUGACAGAAGUAUUUCUCCGCAUUUGGUUGAAUUGAAACAAAGAGGAAUAAUAGUUACGAAAUAUAUUCCUCAAUCGAAGAAAAAUCAGAAAAGUUGUUCUACGAGUAACAGAGGUUCGAUAUCUAUCGGCGAUGCGAUUGAUAAAACCAUUACGUCGAUGAUUCCGGAAACGCAGUUGUCCAACCAGCUGGAAAACCUAUCAAUGCCAUCGUUAGAGCCAGUUGAAAUUGCAGCGAAGCCAUCAGGUCCAGUAACUGUUCCAGUAUCGUCGUCACCGUCCAACGAACCAUCGUGUUCUCCAAAAAUUAGAGUAAUAUCCGGUGAAAAGCUGGGGUUGAAUUAUGUCGACGGUGGAAAUGUCUUCAAGCAGUUCAUUGUUGAUUCGUCGAUGGAUAGAGUGGUGGAUAGAGUGGCUGAUGAUUUCACCCAAAUAUUAGACGAAAAUAUUGGUAAAAUUGCCGUUCUUUUGAAAACCAUGCAUCUGAGUAGAAAUGCCUACGAUAACCGUCAACGUAUUUUGAAAAGGCAAAUGUCAAAUGGCCCACCCACCGAAAUGCAACGUAUGGAAAAUAACUUGCAGCAGAGUACAUACAUGACAACUUUGCAAAACCAGUGUGACGAGAUCGUCGGACACCUCAACACUUGCGUCAAUUAUAUCUUAAUUGACAAUCUGAUGCCUCAAAUAUUCACAAAAUUUUGCGAGGCGAUGGGGCCGACGUCUGUCAAAAAAUCGACCAGCGUAAAUAUGUUCAUGAGUUUAAUUCAAUUAAUUUUGAACAGCUUAUCGUACUGCCAGAGUGAGUUUAUUAGAAAAAUUCCUCGCGAUGUAUUCGUUAGAGCGUUGCAGAAUAUCGAAUCUACGUCGUCAACACCGCGAGGUCGGAAACGAGCGGCUCCGAUUUCGAAUUUAGUACCUCCGCCACAGAUAUGUGGAAAUGCUACUCCGCAGCCGUCGAAAAUCACCUGUCUUGAAAAUAACUGUGGGCCUGCGUGCAACUCGACCGAGCGAAAUCUCCCAGUCGUCCAGUCAUCCGCCAGUCAAAAUAUGACUCAGCGUCCUGUUAAUCCGAAUGCGCCAAUUUUCGCUCAAGGUGCAUUUCCUGCAUAUCGUCCUAAUAUUCCUAGUACCCCGAGAAAUUCUUUGCCAACUAUGCAAAAUCCUGCGUCGAAUAGCUUUGGUGAUAUGAUUUCGCGUGUAUUCGUAGAACCAUCGACACGCCCAUCUACGCCAGCAACACGGAAUCGUAUAGACAACGCUUUACACCAGGCUAAUAUUCCUAACAUCGCAAAUACUUACGGAGCUAUCAUCAACCAGCCCCAAGAUCGUGAAAAUGCCCGUAUGAUGGUUAACCAGCCGAAUUCGCGCAUGUCCACCAGUCAAGGACACGUGCAGUUUAGCCCUUCGAAUUAUGCUGCGUCCGUGUCGCAUUAUCGAAAUCCACCGCCUGCUUAUCCGCAACAUUCCAUGAAUAUGGAAAUGGCUCAGAACAUGAUGCGUAGUUCAGAUAUCGCAAGUAGACCGCUAGCAGCGGAGAUUCGUCGUGAGAUCGUCAGUACAACCACCAUAGUUCAUCCAUCGAUCCCAUCUCAUCUAGCCAUUCCUCGUCACCAAGCAAUUUCAGCCCGUCAAUCCUCUCAGAUUUAUCCAAAUGUCUCAACUCAUCCGCCUGUUAGCAAUCCUUCCAUUGGUCCGAUUCACACAUCUUUUCCUGGUCGACAGAAUUCUGCCGUUUAUUCCAAUGUUCAAGCUCAUCAAUUUUAUCCCAGUCAUCCGUCUAAUCCUACCCAUCCGGCCUCAAUUCCAUCGUAUUUUAAUCGAUAUCCCAGCGCCGUAUCUCCAGACAUGAAUCCGAUGUUACAAAAUCAGCGGCCUUAUUCGCCGCAUCAAUUUACUACAACUGUAUCUCCAACAAUGCAACGUAAUCCAUCGUGGAACGAAUUUAUGCUACGUUCGCAAUAUAACGUACAAAAUGAAUCUAGUCGAUUUCAAACUUCGCAGCCAUCGUUUUCAAGGCACGAAACACCGUUGUCAUCACUUUCGACGCUGAGUGGCGAAAAACCACUCUCGGUUCAAGUGGUCAACAGCACGUUAUCGCCAUCUGCCGGUCCAUCGCCGAGCUUGGUGCACAAUGAAAUGCCCAUAUCGGUGCCCAUUGUGCAGAGCUCAUCAUCUCCAAACGUCGACCAAAUAUGCGAUUUUGAAGGAUUGGAAAACAUAAGCACGCCGUUCAUGAAGGAUUCCGAAUUCGAAGAAUUAUUGAAAUCGAGCGUUCAGAAUAUGAGUAUGGAAGGAAUGGAUCAAAGAAACGUGACUCGUGAAAAUCAUUAAAACCUGAAAAUGUUCCUUGCUGUAUGUUCUGUUUCUUUAUUUAUAGUUUUUUUCCUUUCCUUUUCUUUUUUUUUUGUUUGUUGAAAUUAAUCUUUUGUAAUUAAUUGAAAUGUUUUUCUUUUUUAUUAAGAUAUAAAUUUUGUUACCAAAAAAGUCUUGUUGUGUAACAUAGUCAACCUUUCAAAUUCAUACAAUACGUAUGAUAUUGUUUUUUUAUCAUUAUUAUUCGUUUCUUGUUUUUUGUUUUUGUUUUAUACAUAUAAUACAUAAGCAUAGAUUAUUUAAACUUUCGGUUUUUCUACGUAAUUUGCCAUGAGUGGAUAUUUUUUCCUCGAUAUAUUGUAAGGUUAAAUGUACCUAAAUUAUAAUUUUGUACGUUUUAAAUAUUCUACUUUUCAUUCGCGUGAAAUGUAGUAGAGUGAGAGAAAUUAGUCGAAUUGAUCUCUUUGUAAAUAUUGUAAGUAAUAGUUGUUCAUUUUAUAUAAAACCAAACUCAUGGUUACCUCCUAUUUCGAGGAACAGUUUUUGUAUAUUAGUUAGAUUUUUUUUUAAAAAUUGAUGUUGUAAAAUUCAAACAACGGCGUAAGAAAUUUUUAUUUUGAGAAGUAUUCAAAAUCUUUGACUGGAGAAGAUCUCUGUAUUUUUAAUUUUUGUAUUAUCAUUUUUUUUUGUGAAGAAAAGUUUUUUUGUAUUUAUUUUUAAAAAAAUAUUUGUGUUGGUAUGCUUCUUCUCAAAAGGUAAUCAAAAGUCAAUUAAAAUUUUUUGUGAUAUCAUCUCCACUUUUUUGGAAUCUUUUCCUCAUUGUGUAGUGUAUGAAUCAAAAUAAUUUCGUGCUAAGUUACUUUCUAGACAGUGGUGCGGUACCUCUUAUAAAAUGUUUGAAUGGUAAUAAAACUUUCUUCAUCGAUUUACCUCUACCUACCUGCUGGCUCAUGUAAUAGAAUUCAUUUUUUUAAAUUUUGUCCGUUUAUCUCAACAACAAAACCUUGAAUAAAUCAUGCUUCGCAGGGACAAUUUCAUGUUUUACAAUUCUCUUUUGUUUUAUUUUUUCGCAAAACUCCAGGUUUUUCUCCUUAACCGAUGAUGGAAAAAAAUGAUUAUUUAUUUUAUAUAAUUUCAUUAAUUUUUUAGUGUAUUAAUUUAUGAGAAAAACAGAAAAAACGAAUGAAGAGCGUCGAAUUUUUUAUCUGCAACUGUUGAGCGUAAUUUGUUCUCUUUUGUAUAAUUUUGGGCGUUCAACUUUAUUAAACUUUUUUUUUUACCAGAAACUUCGUGUACAUAUGUAUAUGUAUUUUACAUAUUAUAACGAUUGAUUUUCAAAAAAAAAAAAAAAAAAUGUCAUAAUGUGUCGAAUGGAUAAUUUCAAGUUAUGUGCUGAUGAAGACCUUUCCUUCCUCUCCCAAU